GAGUUAUUUUUACGUGUAAUACUUUAUUCUUUUUUUUUCUCCUCUCUUUCGUCGAGUCGAGGAAACAUGUUUUGAGGUUAAAAAGACGAGUCCUAUACAUACAUAUAUAUAUAUACCAUAUAUACGAAUAAAUUUUGCGUGUGUGUUUAUACGCGUGUAUGUAACAAUGCAAUGGGCGAGAAAUUCGUACGGUGAAAGUUUCGUGUUAGCUUGGAUCGAAUCGAAAAAUUUAGUCUCGCUUUUCCUGCUCCCUAUCGACACAUUUGCGAACCUGUCACGAGUUGACGCUUGAAGAAACUUAUUCUAAGAAAAGUUUAUAUUAAGAUAGAAAGAGAGAGAGAGAGAGGCUCUCCUGCGGUUACGUUCCUAUCGCAUAUAUGCAUUCGCGUCUACGUAGAUAUGUAUGGAUGGAUAUGUAAUAAAGAAAAUCAAGGGAUGAUUUUGUACGUGCGUUAUCGAUAUCCGGGCGGAAAAUGACCAGAGAAACGAACGCAUCCUCGAAGCCAUCAUCGAUCAUCCUUUGAAAUGACAAAGAAAGAAAGAGACGGAAAUAGUGUGGAACGCGCGUGAAAGAGGAUAAUGCACAAUCCUUAUUAUUCUUGUCCUUGAUAGUGAUCAGAAAAAAUAUAUUUUGGGUAUUGCGAACCAGUGAAAAUGGCAGACGACGAAGGAACCGAAUGGUUGCAAGAACUUCUGCACGAUGUACAACUUACCCAGUUCUUUACAAGAAUUAGAGACGAUUUGCAGGUCACUCGAUUGCACCAUUUUGAUUAUGUGCAACCAGAGGAUUUAGAAAAGAUCGGAUUGGGAAAGCCAGGAAUUAGAAGACUUUUAGAUGCCGUUAAAAAAAGACGUAACACUCAAUGGAAAAAGAAUUUAAUUACUAAAAUUAGGCCUGGCAGUAGUACAAAGAGCAAUAAACGAUCUUCGCAGCCUAUUGAAGAAUCUUCCGUGCUUACGUGUCUUAUUCAAGACAAAGAUGUGACUCUUUCUAUUAAAUUAGGUGAUGGUAGUUUUGGUGUGGUCAGACGAGGAGAAUGGGUAUCUCCUUCAGGUCGAACAUUACCAGUUGCAGUGAAAGUUUUAAAGGCGGAUGCUUUAACUCAACCACGUAUUAUAGAAGAUUUUGUAUCUGAAGUUCAAGCGAUGCAUACUUUGAAUCAUCACAAUCUUAUUAGGCUAUAUGGAGUGGUAUUGUCGCAGCCUAUGAUGAUGGUAACGGAACUUGCACCUUUAGGAGCUCUCUUGGAUUAUUUACGAAAGCAAUGUGGCCGUAUAUCAGUUUUAGCUUUGUGUAAUUAUGCUUUGCAAGUAGCAACUGGUAUGGCAUAUUUGGAGGCCAAACGUUUCCUUCACAGGGAUCUAGCUUGUAGGAAUGUUCUUUUAAGUACAGUAGAUAAAGUGAAGAUAGGUGAUUUUGGUUUAAUGAAAGCACUGCCUCAGCAAGAGGAUUGUUAUGUUAUGACAGAACAUAAGAAAGUGCCGUUUCCGUGGUGUGCUCCAGAAUCUCUAAAAGCACGUUUAUUUACUCACGCUUCGGAUGUAUGGAUGUUUGGUGUUACAUUAUGGGAAAUGUUAACUUUCGGAGAAGAACCAUGGGUUGGAUUAAAUGGAUCAGAAAUUCUUCGAAAAAUUGAUAGAGAAGGAGAAAGGUUGCAUGAACCAGAAGCUAUGCCACCUGUAAUGUAUGAUUUGAUGUUACGUUGUUGGGCUAGAGAACCUUCGGAAAGACCUAGCUUUGCUUCAUUGAAAGAAUCAUUAACUGGAAUGGUACCGUCGGUAAUGAAAGCUUUAAGUGAUUUCGACGAAGCUGACAAAAUGAAUAUAGAGCAAAGUGAUCAAAUCGUUAUUAUCGAUGGUAGACCAGAAAAUUAUUGGUGGAAAGGACAAAAUCAAAGAACUUAUCAAGUUGGCCUAUUUCCCCGUUGUUUAGUUGAUCCAAUGAGAAAAAAGCAACCAGAAGAUAUAAGUAAACCUUUAGAAAAUUCUUUUAUACAUACAGGACAUGGUGCUCCUUUUGGAAAAAGUUGGGGUAGUCCUAUUUAUAUAGAUGAUGUUUAUCUUCGAAAUCCAAUGGAACCCCCAGAUAUUGUUGCUGUAGCUGGAAUUACGGAUAAUCAAAAGAAAAAGUUUUCCUGUGGCACGCCUCGUUCGCGUAAACAAUUUAAUUACACAAAAUUACAAAACGAUAUAAGGGCUAGUCCUGUGAAAUCAAGUGUUCCUGUACCUGGUACCAGUCAAGAGGGUAGUCUAAUAGAUUUAUCACCAGAGGAAAUAAAUAAUACAAAUUCACCUCAAUCCGAUACAACGUGUCGGCGUGUCAUUAACAUACUAGACGAACCUAUCGAAACGGUCGAAACAAUAACGCAAGAAGAACCUAAUCAACAAGAGGAUCCUAGAACAUAUGCCAAUUUCCCGGGUAAUCUAGAUCCAACUUAUUCUGAUCCAUUUGAUACUUCUUCAGUAUUUAUGAAACCACCCCAUUCUCGAUAUUAUAGUCAUGUACCAUCUGAUUUGACUAAUCACUAUAAUAAAACUCAAUCAUAUGGAAAUAUUCAGAAUGAAGAAAGUAGCAGUAGUAGUAGUCAAAAUAUAAAUGUUAAUCAAUACUCUACGAAUUUAAGUAAGAAUAGUAUAAAUGAAAGUGUUAAUUUAAAUGUUAAUGUUAAUGUUAGUGCAGAAGCCAAUGCUUUCGUAGAAGAUCAUUAUAGUGAAAUUGAUAAACUUCAAAAUCCGUCUGUAUCCAGUUGGACGAGUUGGCCAGAAGACUUGCAAAAUGAUGCACAAACUUAUGCCAAUGUUAUAAGUCAUAAUUUGCCUACAACUUCCAAUGGACAACCAUCACCAUCACCACCACCGCCACCGCCAUUGCCACCUCCUCCACCUCCUAUAGGUCCCAAUGAAAGUCCACCUAAACCUAAAUCUAAUCAUGAUCUUGCCCAAAAUUUAAGCGAAUUAAAUAUAACUUCGCACAAUGUUGCUUCGCCUAAGAAGUUGGAUUCGGCGUUUCUCGCUGAAUUAGAGAAACAUCUGGGAGAGAAAGAAGCGAGUAAAAAUACUAACGCUACUCAACAACAUUCUAAUAAUGAAUCACAUACAUAUACAUUGAUUAAUAAGUUACAAGAUAAUUCAACUAUACCGACACUGCGACCACCACCGCAAUCGAUAAAACCAAAAUCUCCGCAAUUGGAUCAAAGAACGAGCACGCAUCUACCAAGUAAAGUGCAAAAUUCAAUGCAGUCGAAAAAUACAAAUAUUCAAAAGCCAAUAGUACAACAAGAACAUCGUUUUGUGGAAAGUACUACGGAUGCCAUUGUAGGACAAAUGUGGCAACAAGCACAUUCUCAAGUGCAUCUGCAAAGUAAUUAUUCCGUAUCAACAGAUCCAAAUGUUAAUCGCAUAUCACCGGUAGUAAAUAUGCCACAAAUAAAUGUAAAUUUACUUCAAGUUGCGCCUAGCAAUCUAAUUCAUGCUACUAGUAAUUUGAAUAGUUCUCAGUAUGGUUCGAAAAGUGCCACAGAAACAACUUCCACUCAUGCACAAAAUUUUACAUCCACAAGUCAGAAUUAUUUCCAACAACAAAACAUACCCCUUUUAACUAUAAGUCGUAAUCAUGGAAUAACUCAAAUACAAAAUGAUCUACAACAGCCACAAUCUAGUGCCAGCAAUACUAAUACCAUUUCAAAGCCUGCUAUGUUUACCACUGGUACAAUGUUUUCCGAACAAGUAUAUGUUGAAUUGAAACAGACAGUACCUAAUUUAGAACAAUUGUCCCAAAAUGAAUUUAAUACCCUUUAUAAUAAGACUGUUCAACAAAAUAUACUCAGAAAUUAUUAUGCUUCCGGUGCGACUCCAACAAAUACUAUUGUGGAUCAAAAUCUAAGUCAUAGUCAUAUAAAUUAUCAAGAUACAGCUAGCUAUAAUGUUCAACAACAACAACAACAAAUUCAAGCUGCCCAAGGAUCUCGAAAUACACUUCAAAGCCAUCCUUGUGAUUUUAGUCCACAUUUAAAGCAACCACCUGUAUAUAAUCCACCUCCGGCAUGGAGUCCGCUUAAAUCGGUGCAAAAUGGUUUUAUAAGAAAUCAAAAUGCUGUAAUGAAAUCAAAUUUAACAGCUAAUCAGGGUGGAAAUCCAAAUGUAUUGCAAUCUGUACAUACUAAGCCACAUCAAGUUAAUGCUGCAACGUCACAGACAUUACCAAUCCGUAAUGUACAAUCUCACAUGAAUGAAACUGUUAUUAAUACUCAAUUAGCACCUUCCACGUCAGCAUAUCCAUCUGGCGUUAGUCCGCCUUUGACAGGUGCUUCGCAGCAAUUAGUUAUGUCUCUCAAUGAUGAAUUUCGUGCAACUAAGGUAAUGAGAGUACAAAGAGAUAUCGAAAAUGCUUCACAACAAGAAAUUUUAGCUGCAUUACAAGCUACAGGAUGGGAUACUGCACAAGCGGCUAAACAAAUUAUGAAAGACAGACUAGUUAAAAUAGAAUCUCUUAAAAGGCUAGGUUUGGCAGAUAGACAACAAUGUGAAAAUGCUCUUAAGCAGACUGAUUAUGAUGUAGAAAGAGCGGCUUCUCUUUUAUUAGAUCAAGCUAAAUAAAAAAAAAUUUGAAUUAAUUUGAUAAAUGCUAAAGAUAUUAAUAUGAAGUAUUUCAUAAUCGAAAAUACAAUAAUUUCAGUUAUGCGAAUGCUUAUAGAAACAUAUUUAUAGUGCGUAUGAAAUCACAAAUUGUUGUUUUACUAAACAGUUCAUUGAUUUGGUAUUUAGAAAACGUUGCAUUCCAAUAAGACGAUAAAGAACAAAUUUGGAAUAUGCAGUUCUACUUAAUUGUACAGCAAAUGGCCAAAUAGCGAAAGAAAAUGUUUUUAUUCCAUUAAGAGAAAGAUGAUAUUGCAUAAUGUUUAUGCAUAAUUAUAUUCAGAUAUUUGCGAAACACAAAAUGAAAAGAUAUGAUGUUAUUCUCUCAUCAUAUUAUUUUGAAUAAUAUAUAUAUUAAUAGUCGU